AUGGCGACCAUGCCGACUAAGGACAAAGCAGUGGUGGCAGUGGUGGCAACGCCGCAAGCAGCGACCCCGCCACCUUCGCCAGACGGCUUCAGCGGCGUUUGCAAAGCUGGAAGCAAAGGCGCUGAGUCAAGACCUGCUGCAGCACCGAAGGCAACGGCAUCAGCACAGCGCGCGCAGAGAGCGCAGGGCAGGUUGAAGCAUGUCAUCUCCAAGAUCCACGUCUUCAAGCAGCUGGAGCUGGGUGCGGAUGCGCCUCAGGCGCUGUCGGAGCACGGGCAGAUGCACCGGCUGAAGAUGUUGAACGCAUCGCAGGUCACCGACCAGGAGAGCAAUGGCACAGUGGCUCCGUGUGCUGCAGGAACACAGGGCUCGUUUUGGACAUCAUGUGCUUUGGGAGGACCCGGGCGUAUGGGGCGGCUGAACAGCCUGAACAGCUUCUUUUCGAGCUUAAAGGUGUCCGCCGAGCAGCUGACCAUCAUCGCGAAGGGCAAUGUGGGGGCCUGCCGAUACCUCCUGGAGCACGAAGGCCUGCUACAGUAUUUCGAGAAGGUCUUUUGGAUGUUAGGGCAGUUCUACGGCGAGUCCGACUUCGAUCUUGACAACCCGGAGCCCUCGUCGCUGGAGGGCGGCUCUGACUACGAGCUGUGUGGGUCCAAGGUGGAUCUCAUUGGCAGCUUGAUGUCUCGGCAGUCCGUGGCUGUGGACGUAGCGGGCUCUGUCGAGGACGCCCGCCACCUUCGCCAGACGGCUUCAGCCGCGUUUGCAAAGCUGGAAGAAAAGGCGCAUCGCCGGGCCUUAAGGGCCCUCUGCAAUCUGCACCGCCUGCAGGCUUCAGUGGCGUGUUCAAGUCAGGCCCGCUUGAGCCAGCUGCAAGACCCGCUGCAACACCGAAGGCAACGGCAUCAGCACAGCGCGCGCAGAGAGCGCAGGGCAGGUUGA